AUGUAUGAUAAUGCGACAGAUUACUAUUUGAAAAAAACAGUCUCAAAUAAGCUAAUUGCAACCGUUUUCUAUGUAGCAGCAUGCACCCUCGUAUAUAUAGUUGUAAGUUCAAUCAUUUUUUUUCAUGAUCUUGAUAAAACCAUUGAUCUUUUGGGUGAUUAUGUAGGAAUUGACAUCAUCUCGCAGCUGAAUCUUUCCAUGUUGUAUACUCUUAUAAUCAUGCAGGGUUUGCUAGAGAGAGACAUUUUCCAAAUAUCUAUAGCCACCAUUAUAGUGUGCAUCACAAAUGUUUUCAAUCUGAUUGGAUCGCUUUGGCUAAGAUUUGAAGUCUUCACCAUACUCUACAUGGCAAACAACAUAUAUAUCAUAACAAGCGGAAUUCUUCUUAUUUAUAUAGUCUGCUUUACAUCUGUGCUGCGGGCUGACCUUGGGUGGUUUUACUACAAGUCGUUUGGGCCUGGAUACAACAUGAGAAAUGCCAUUGAGAGAACAACGUACACCUUCUUUAAGCUGAACAUCCAGCUGUUCAUAUCGGUCUUGGUUCGAAAGUACUAUCUGGAGAAAAGUGUUUAUUUUCUGCUGGGUGAGAUUGCUUUGUACAUGCUCGUUAUUUUUAUAAUCGUUAUAGAGGUUGGAACAAAAAAAUUUAACAUAUGGCUUAGAUUGCUUCUUAUAAUUAUACUACUUGUCAUAACCACCUAUUAUAUUACAGAAAUAACAAAUUACAAAAUAUUUCUAAAUAGCCCAGAAUAUCCGAAUCUAGUUAAUAAUGUGUCUUUUGUGACCUUCCAGUUGAUUAGGCUUGGGAUACAGAUUGCGCUGAUGGGCAUAUACAUAUUCUUUUUAUUUAUUUACACAAUAUACCAGAUAAAUGGAUGGGGAAAGAAUGCUGCCAUAGAUAUAAAAAAGAGGCGAACAAUACGCUAG